GCUAUAAGUUUGAUCAUAUUCACGUCAUUAACUCCGUUGAUAAAACGUGCUGUGGUAUGUACAUUUAUCAGAAGGCCAAAUAAAGAAGUAACGGUGUUGGCUGAGAGUAAAAGGGACAUUGUUUCUCACCAAUCGAUUCACUUCAAGAACAAUAAAAUAUUAAUAUGCAUAUUGCAUACUCUACAGAUUACCUGAACGAUUUGGAAACAUUGGCAAAUAUAAUUGACAACUAACAAUUUUCACUGGUGGCGUGCACCAAUUCAACUUGAGACUGCGGAGAUUCGCAUUGCAUCUUUCCUGGAGAAGCCGCCGACGCAGCAUCCAAAGUUUACGUUCAUUGCAGGAUCUAGAUAAUACAAAUUGAUUGAUUCAAUACUGCAUUUUAGGAACAUUUCUAAAGAGAUUGAUUCUAGAAGAAGAAACAUCGAAGAGUAUGGCAAAUCAAGCAAGAAAGCUUCAUUUUAUGAUGUGUGUUAUAUUGAGUCUAGUCUACGUGACAUCUGCAGGUUACCAGAUUACAAUAUUCGGGAUAUUUGAUGAGGAUGUGACGGAGCAUGACCCGAAGAGUGUUGGCUUCAGAAGGGGUAUGAUCAAGUACAACAUUCAAAGUAAUAGCACCGGAAGUCCUUUCCAACUGAUGGGGUUUGAAGUUCGAAUCCCAGUCAACAACAGUUUUAUUCUCACCAAUCUAAUCUGUGGUGCAUUGAGUGAUAACCGAAUGCUAAUAGCCGGUGAUGCUGACGUGAAUACUAUCUACAACGCAGCUUACGCCAGCCGAGAGGUAAAGAUCCCAUACUUCGUUACUAGUUUUGCCCCUCGGGACGUCUACCCGGACUUCUCCGCUGAGUAUCUACUAGCCAUGCAGCCUCAAGUCUUGCAGCCUUUAGUUGAUUACAUUGGAUAUUUUCAUUGGUCCAGUUUGGCAUAUAUUUACGAGGGUCAAACAGGGUUUCUCCGGCUUCAUAACUUCUUGGAUUUGAUACGACCUCUGGGUAUCGAAGUGACCCAUCGACGUAUCGACAUUGAUUCGGUAAACGAGACCCUGAACGAACUCAAGGAUACCGGUAAACAUAGAAUCAUCUGUGAUGCCAAUCUACCAUUGACCGAUGCUGUUCUUCGAAAUUCUAUAGAUCUGGAAAUGACAACUGCAUCUUAUCACAUGGUUUAUCUGAAUUUGGAUUUCGACACGAUAGAUACAAGUAACAUGUCUUUUGGAGGAAUGAACCUGACUGGAUUCUCAUUGAUCACCAACAAGAGCAGUGAAGCAUAUCAAGAGCUAUUCGGUGAUUGGUCAGACAAGUUUAGAUACUCUCAUCCAACGCUAGCAAAUACAGAAGUAGGGUACGAGGCGAUCCUUGCCCAUGAUCUGUGUCGAGUAGCCGUAGCUGCAGCUCGUUCAAUACAUGAAAGUGGUAAACAAUUACCGCUUCCAAAGGUCAACACCUUUCACACUUGUUUUAAGCAUGUCAGGGAUGGCACAGACAUCAUGACAGAGACAGUAUCCUCAACGGUCGGACCGGAACUUCUUGAUGCUAUCAAAAGGACUGCAACAGAUCAGUUGAGUGGACGGAUACAAUUCGAUGAAAAUGGAUCGAGGACCAACUAUUCUCUUCAGAUACUUGGUCUUCAUAAUGGCGUCCUGGACCAAGUUGGCACAUGGAAUCAGAAAAACGAUCCUCCAAUAUCCUUCUUUGAUAGUGACACCCACGGCCGAAAAGGAAGUCAUGAUUACGAGAACCGAACUUUCACUAUUACAUCAGUUUUGGAUGAUCCUUUCUUGAUGAACGUGACCCUACCGGACGGAACGAGUCGCUAUGAAGGAUUCUGCGUUGAUCUUCUUAAGAAGAUUGUUGAGAUCUAUCCAUUCAAAUACCGUAUACAGCUAGUCAAAGAUGGAAACUAUGGAACACAGCAGAAGAAUGGAAAAUGGGACGGAAUGAUUGGGGAGCUCAUGUAUGGGAGUGCUGAUAUAUCGGUUGCUCCUCUAACAAUCAACACCGACCGUGAGCGUGUGGUCGCUUUCACCAAACCGUAUAUGAGUUUCGGCAUUAGUAUCAUGAUCAAGAAAAUGAAGUCACCUCGACCAUCGGGUUUCUCAUUCUUUCAGCCGUUUACCAAUGAGAUAUGGAUUUGCCUUGCCUUAGCUACAUGUGGUGUCAGUAUGAUAAUGUUCCAGAUAUGUCGCUUUAGCUCAUCAGAAUGGCGUAUCGAAACAGAUAAUUCUGAUGACGUCUCUAACGGCAACAGAGUAGCAGGUGCCGGUAAGGGAGUGAAGUGGACGAACGACUUCUACAUCUUGAAUAGUCUCUGGUUUGCUUUGGGCGCCCUCAUGCAACAAGGGAGUGAUAUUCUACCAAGGUCUAUCUCUGGACGCAUUAUGGGAGGAGUAUGGUGGUUCUUUACUCUCAUUAUCAUCUCAUCAUACACAGCUAACCUAGCAGCCUUCCUUACAACUCAGAGCAUGCAGUCACCUAUCAAGUCUGCUGAAGAUCUGGCUGCUCAGACUAAGAUCCAGUAUGGUGUCCACAAGGGUGGUUCCACUGUCGAGUUCUUUAGGAAAUCUAGCCAUCCGCUGUAUCGCAAGAUGUGGUCUUUCAUGGCGAACACUGAGCCCUCCCCUUUGGCAGAGAGUACGGAAGACGGAGUAAAUCGUGUCCGGGAGAGCGACGGCAAGUACGCAUACCUCCUCGAGUCUAAGAUGAACGAGUACAGAGAAACACAGAAGCCAUGUGACACAAUGGCUGUAGGAGAUCCAAUAGGCACAAGUAGUUACGGCAUUGCGGUGUCCAAGCAUCUUGUUGAACUACAGAAAGAACUGACUGUGGCUAUUUUGGAGUUACGAGAAAGAGAUAUACUCCGCCGACUGGAAGAGAAGUAUUGGGUGAAUAGAUCACAAUGCGUCAAGGAUGACACAGAUGGAACGGACACACGAGCCUUAAACCUGGACAAGCUGGCUGGAGUAUUCUACAUCCUGCUAGCAGGGACAGCUGUAGCGCUUUUGGUGUCCAUCGUUGAUCUCAUUUAUCGUUCUAAAAAACAGAUCAGGGAGGAACUUGGCUCCUGUGGGCUUCGAAGGAUCUGGCUUAACGUCCGUGCCCGCAUCGCUCAUGAGAGGCUGGUUGCUUCUCUCCGUCGUCGUAGCAUGCCUGCUCCUACGAAGUCGCCCUCUGACGGCACAUCUGAGACAGGCACAGAUGAACUAUCUACCCCUGCCACUGCUCAGAAGUCAAUUGUCCCCUCGAUUGCCUCUGAAGAAGGAAAUGUAAAUAGCGCCCUCUGUAAGAAGAAAUCCGGCAGUCAAGGGAGUGCAGUGACCCACACUGAUGUUUGAAGAAUAAAAUCAAGAGAAGAUAGUUUACAAUAAUCUCUUACCUACAACUAUAACAAUCAAAGAUAGAAGAAGUUUGAAUUCUAAAAGUACAUUGUACAUUUCUGAAAUUAUUCAGUCAUUUCCCCCAUUGCAUGCAUUAUCCUAAAAUUAUUCGUCAAUGUUAAAAAAAUAACACAAUUUUUCAAUCGGUGUUAGUUUAAAUUGUUUACAAUUGACUGAGUCAAGGUGCAAUAAUUACUCGGCUUAAUUCGCUUUUUCAAAUGUAUAUUAUUGAUUGAUUGAUUUUAUUCGCCAGGUCACAUAUAUACAGUAGCAUUAAAAAAAAAAACAGACUUGGACGGGAUAACUCACGAAAGCUCGAAAGUUUCCAGUGGGAUCCUUUACAUGUAUAGAUAAUGAAUUGCUUACAAUAUUUACUGUACGUAAAUAUCAUUUUUUAAUUCUGGUCAAAUUUAUUCUGGUGUCAAGUGAAUUUCAGUAAUGGUCUAGAAAUAAGAAAACUUAGAAAGUAAUAGCAAGUUGAUUAUGAUUGCUGGAGGUGGUGGUGGUGGUGAUGAUGGUGAUGAUGAUGAUGAAAAAGAAGAAGAAGAAGGAAAAGUAGGAGGAGAAGGAGGAGAAGAAGAAGAAGAUGAUGACAAUGAAUAUCAUUCUGAUGAUGUUGAUGAUUGCAGUUAAGCGCAGCUUUACUCAUAUUAAUGACAGCUGACAGAUAAAAUAUUCGGUUUUUAUAAGAAAAACAUUUUAUUUCUUAUAGAUAAAAUCACAAGCAUUGUAUGUAAAUUUUGUACAUAGUUGUAUAAUAUUGACACAAUAUAAUGUGAGACAUGGUAAUAUAUAUCAUUCUAUAUAUUUAAUCAUUUCAGGCUUAAAACCCCAAUUCCAUAAAAAGGUACAAAACGUAAAUAAAAUAGGAUUUAAUGCACUAUAAUCAUGAUAACAUUCUAAACCAUCGCGAUAGCCCAGAAUUAAAAUUGUCGGGAUAUCUAUUUUACAUGUUCACGUUGUUGUUAAUAUCGAAUCUUAGAUAUUUGGUUGUAAAAUGGUAGAAUUUCUUUUUUGACAUGAUUAGGAGGUAAAUGAAGCCUUACGCUUCCGACAAAAAGGCAAAGGAAAUUGAAAUAAAACACAAACGAAUGUGAUUUUGCUUGUAACAAUAAUAUAUCCGGUAAGAAUGGUACAAAAAUAUUGUAAAUGAUAUAUCUUUUGAAAUAUAAUAUGAAAAGAAAAUGAACACAUGAUUCAUAAUUCAUUAUAGCAAGGAACAUACAGCGCACCGCCCCCCCCC